UAAAAAUUUCUAGAGAAGUUAAAAGAAUGAAUUUUUUUUCAAUUUAAGUCAGUUGACUUUUAUUACCGGCGUCAUAAAUCGAGCAUUUAUAAAACAUUUCCGAUAGUAAAGCAAUUUUUUACCAAAGAAAAUAAUAUCUUUUUCAUUUUAAAAAUGUCUUUGAAAGUGCCCAACGUUAAAUUGAAUAAUGGAAACGAAGUUCCGAUUUUUGGGUUAGGAACUUGGAAGUCCAAGCCUGGAGAAGUUACUCAAGCUGUGAAGGACGCAAUUGAUAUUGGUUAUCGACACAUUGAUUGUGCUCACGUUUAUGGAAAUGAAAAGGAAGUAGGAGAAGCUAUAAAGGCAAAAAUUGCGGAAGGAGUUGUGAAAAGGGAAGACCUCUUCAUUACAAGUAAAUUAUGGAAUACUUACCAUAAACCAGAACUUGUUGAGACAGCUAUCAAGAAAACCCUUUCCGAUCUUAAUUUAAAUUAUUUGGAUCUGUAUCUAAUUCACUGGCCAUUCGCUUAUAAAGAUGGUCCCGAUAAUUUUCCACAAACUGCUGAGGGAAAACCAUUCAUUGAUGAUUCCGUCGAUUAUCUCGAUACCUGGAAAGCUAUGGAAGCUGUUUUUGAAAAGAAAUUGACAAAAAAUAUCGGAGUUAGUAACUUUAACUCUGAACAAAUUGAAAAAUUGUUAAAGAACUGUAAAGUUAAACCAGUUACAAAUCAGAUUGAAUGUCAUCCAUACCUGGUUCAGAGGAAGUUGUCAGAUUUUUGCAAAGCAAAAGGAAUCAUUAUUACGGCUUACUCUCCACUGGGAAGUCCAGAUCGUCCUUGGGCGAAGCCAGAUGAUCCAAAACUCAUGGAGGAUAAAAAAUUACUGGAAAUUGCAAAAAAAUACAAUAAAUCUCCGGCACAAGUUCUAAUACGCUAUCAGAUUGAUCGUGGACAUAUUGUUAUUCCCAAAUCAGUGACAAAGUCUCGCAUUGCAGAAAAUAGUCAAGUGUUUGAUUUCAAAUUGAAUGAUGAUGAUAUCGCUUUCAUUGAUACAUUCGAAUGCAACGGUAGAAUUUGUCCCAUGUUUGGUUGUGAAAAUGGAAAGCACUAUCCGUUCAAUAUUCCAUUCUAGGCAUCGAUUUUUUUUGUAUAUAACUUUUGAACUUGGUAAUUUUGCACAGAAGAAAUUUUUAAGUAUUUUUCACGCUGCUUUGUAGUACUUAGAGAUUUAAAUAAGAAUAAAUAAAUAAAUUUGAUUAAAUA